AUGACAUUUGACAACGCUGGAUUUAAAAUUGGUGAAGAAUUCCGACGUGAUACGGAAGGGAAAGUGAUUCUUACGAAUGCGUUUAAUGGAAAACGGGAUACAUCGUAUUUCGAGAUUGAUGUUAUUCAGGAUAAUUAUCCGGGAAUUCAGGUGUCUGAAGUAAAGGACUCGGUAAAGGAUGGUAUCCGUUAUUUCUCAGGAGUUGUGUCGGAUGAUCAUGGUUUAGGCGGACUGUCGUUUGUUUACAAAGUGAAAAGUAAGUCUGGAGAGGAGCGCACGGAACGAAUGAAUGCGGGAGCUGUUGUGGGUACCGAAUCACCUUUCGAUUUCGCUGUGGAUUUCCGUAGAGAGAAGAUUGCUCUGGAGGAUAAGAUCGAAUACUAUUUCGUGGUAUACGAUAAUGACGGAGUGAACGGAUCGAAGUCAACACGUAGUCGUUCGUUUGUGUAUGAGUUGCCGACUUUGGAGGAUCUGAAUGAAAAGCGUGAAGAAGAACAGGAGCAGACGAAGGAGAACAUGAAUGAAUUGUUGAAGCAGGCAGAGAAGUUCAAGAAUGACCUGAAGAAGUUGAGAAACGAAACAAUGAAUUCGAAGAAGUCGAACUGGAAUAAUCAAAAUCAAGUUGAGCAGUUAAAAGAGGAUCAUAAAUCACUGUUGGAGAAUCUGCAGGAAAUGCAGGAGCAGAUGAAUAACUCGUUGGAAGAAAAGAAUCAGUUAUCGGAAGUCGAUAAAGAGUUGUUGGAACAGCAGGAGCAAAUAGAGGACUUGUUGGAGGAGUUGAUGGAUGAUGAGUUGAGAGAUUUGUUGGAUCAGCUCGAAGAGAUGAUGAAGAAGAAUGACAAGCAGGGAAUGGAAGAGGCAAUGGAAGAAUUGGAAAUGUCUUCGGAGGAUAUGAAGAAGCAGCUUGAUC